AUGGCUCCUAUCACCAUCACAGACGCACGGUUUGAACAUGCCGCAGGCGGCAUUGGUGUCCCAUCUCCAACCCCUCGAAUCUCCUGGAGAGUGACAUCCGACCCUCUCCCAAAGAAUUGGAAGCAGACAUCCUACGACGUCGAAAUCACCCGGAGCGGGAAGCAACCCCAAUCGUUUCACGUCGAGAGCAGCUCAUCGGUCCUGAUACCAUGGCCGGAUAGCCCCCUAGCUGCAGCAGAAACAGCGAUCAUCCGCGUCAAGUCCUCCGGCACGUCCGACAACGGACAGCUUAACACAGAAUGGUCCGGACCGGCGACGGUCGAGGCUGCCCUUCUGUACCGAGACGACUGGUCCGCCAAGCCCAUCACCGCCCCGCCUCGGUCGGAAACGCACCCGGAUGAGCGGGGCAUCCGGCCUGUCCGGUUCCGCAAGACUUUCACCGCCCCGGAGCUCAACGACGGCCGUGCAAGACUCUACAUCACUGCUCUAGGAAUAUACGAAGCCUACCUCAACGGCAAGAGAAUUGGAGAUGAGUGGCUUGCCCCCGGAUGGACGGCCUACCAACACCGCAUCCAGUAUCAAGUCUUUGACGUCGGACCCCUUUUGAAACCGGGGCAGCCCAACGUCCUGUCCGUGGAAGUCAGCGAGGGAUGGUACGCCGGCCGCGUUCUCUGGGGAGACGGUCUGACGUGUUUCUACGGCGACCGCAUCGGCGUGCUCGCUCAACUCGACCUCCUCGACACCGGAUCCGAGUUCCGCCUCACUACAGAUGAAACUUGGGAGUGCCAUUCCUCCCCCAUCGUUGGAAGCGAUAUCUAUGACGGCGAGACCUACGACCUCGGCCUCGAAGUCGACGACUGGCACCACGACACAUCAAAAUGGACUCCCGUCGAGACCCUCCCCUUCCCCAAACCGUCCCUGAUCCCAUCAUCCUCCCCGCCGGUGCGCAUCACCGAGACAAUCAAACCCAUCAAAGUCUUCACAGACCCCUCCGGCAAGGCCCUGGUCGACUUUGGCCAGAACCUCGUCGGUAAACUAGUCCUCCACUCCCUCAAGAAGCCAGACGGCCACCGCCUCACCAUCCGCCACGCAGAGGUCCUCGAGAACGGCUACCUCGGCAUCCGCCCCCUGCGCAGAGCAAAGCAGACCGACACAAUCAUCUUCGGCGGCGGGCGCGGGCUGCAGAACUGGUCGCCGCACUUCACGUACCACGGCUUCCGUUACGUCGAGCUGGACGGCUGGGCUGCCAAUGAGAUCACUCUUGAGUCUGUCUCUGCGGUGGUGAUGCAUACUGACAUGCGGCGGACGGGCUUCUUCUCGUGCUCUGAUGAGGAAAUCAACGCGCUGCACCGCAACGUCGUGUGGAGUAUGCGCGGCAACUUCGUCUCGAUCCCUACGGACUGUCCCCAGCGUGACGAGCGUCUGGGGUGGACGGGUGAUAUCCAGAUCUUCAGCCCCACGGCGUCGUUCUUGUAUGAAUGCGGUGGAAUGCUGAGCAACUGGAUGAGAGAUGUGAUCCUUGACCAGAAGGAUGCUGGCGGCGUCGUGCCGCUCGUGGUGCCGAAUGUCAUGAAGGACGGCCCGUUUCCUGCGCUCCCACAGGCUGUGUGGGACGACGUUGUCGUGUUAGUGCCGUGGACUUUAUACAAGUGGUUCGGUGACGCUGGCGUUCUUCAAGAAACAUAUCCGGGCAUGAAGGACUACCUGAAGUCCAUCAAGCGAGGCGAUGACGGACUUUGGGAUACCGACCUGUGGCAGCUCGGCGACUGGCUCGACCCGAACGCGCCCCCCGCCGAACCCGGCCUCGCGAGAACUGACGGCACUCUCGUUGCAGACGCCUACCUCGUCCACGUAACCGGCGUCGUCUCCCAAAUCGCCCGUAUCCUCUCCAUCACAGAUGACGCAGACAAAUUCUCGGCCGAGCACAAGCGCCUCAAGCAGCUCUUCCAGGACAAGUACAUCACCAAGGCAGGCUUCGUCGUCGCCGACUCCCAGACGGCCCUAGCCCUCGCCCUGCUCUUCGACCUGCACGAGACCCCCGCCCAGCGUAAGGCCGCCGCGGCGAGACUGGCGCGGCUAGUGCAGUACUCCAAGUUCAGGGUGUCAACGGGCUUCGCAGGUACACCAGUCAUCCUGCACGCGCUGUCUGAGACGGGUUACACGCAGCACGCGUACCGCAUGUUGCUCGAGAAGGGGUGUCCCUCGUGGAUGUACCCGGUCACAAAGGGCGCGACGACGGUGUGGGAGAGGUGGGAUAGUAUGCUGGAGGAUGGCACGAUCAACCCCGGCGAGAUGACGAGCUUCAACCACUAUGCUCUUGGCAGCGUGACGAACUGGAUGCAUGCUAGCAUUGGGGGGUUGUCGCCGCUGGAGCCUGGGUGGACGAAGUUUCUAGUGAGGCCGAGGCCGGGAGGGGGGUUGAAGCAUGCGGAGGUUGAGUACCUGAGCCCGAGUGGCCAGAUUGGUAUUGGAGGUGACAGUUCCGCCGAAUGCCACGGCUGUGGUAUCCCUGCCGGAUGGGAGUGA